AUGUCCGAGUACAGCUAUGCACCACCUCGGCACCGAAACCGGGAGCCCGAGUACGUGACCGAGACGACUUAUAUUGAGCGCGGCGGCCGUGGAGGCGCAGUGCGUGAUCUCGUCUACCGCCCUGCAGCCCGAGAGGACAGCAUCGAAGAGAUCCCCCGCGACUUCCCCCCUGGCACCGAGUUCAGACAGACCAAGUACCGCGAAGAGUAUGCGCCACCUCGUCGCACUCGUUCCAUGAACCGCGGCUACGACGACGACUACUAUGACCGCCCUCGUCGCCGUGACCGUGGUGGCCGUGACCGCGACUACGAUGACUAUUCCGAGUACUCUGAGCGCCCCAAGCCCUCGCGCCGUAAGUCCAUUGUCGACCAGGUAAAGAGCUUCGGCGAGUCGGCAGGCUUAGGGGGAAUCAUCGGCGCAGUCACUGGCCGCGAGCGCUCUCGUUCUCGCUCUCGUGACCGCGACCGUUCUCGCCAUCGUCGGGACGACCGUCGGGAUGACCGUGGGUACGACAGCGACAGGCACGGAUAUUACGAUGACCGCCGAAGCCGCUAUGGCUCCCGUUCGCGUAGCCGUAGCCGAGGAGGCGCCAAAGAGAAAUGGGAGCAGGCUGCCAAAGCUGCUCUUGUCGCUGGUGCUGUCGAGGCCUUCCGUAGCCGCAAAGAACCAGGCCCCUGGACUGGUGCCAAAGGCCAACGUAUUGCCACUGCCGCUAUUGGUGCAGCUGGUAUCGAUGGUCUCAUCGACAGAGACGGAAAGCACGAGAAGAGGCACGUUGCUGAAUCCGCCUUGGGCGGUCUUGUUGCUUCACGCCUAGCCAACGGCUCUCGCUCGCGCUCUCGUGCUCGUGGCCGCGAUGGCUCCAGGUCUCCUUCUCGAUCCCGCUCUCGUGCUAGGUCUAGGUCCAUCUUUGGACGCUCUCGUUCCCGUGGACGUUCCCGCUCUCACUCAAGCGAUGACGGCAAUCGUAAUGGUCUCGCCAAGGUUGCUGGCACUGGUGCUGUACUCGCUGCAGGGAAGGCUCUUUAUGACCGUGUGCGCUCCAAGUCUCGUUCUCGACGCGAGCGAUCUCGCUCUCGCUCUUCCAGCUCCGAUAGCUACGUACCAUCGCGUAGGGGCAACCGCCGCUCGUACAGCCGAGGCCGCGGUAUGGACGACCAGUAUUCCGAAGCCCCUUCCAGGACUAAUUCAGAUCGCAGACUAGCCGCUCCCGUUGGGGCCGGCGCGGGUGCUCUAGCAGCACAAAGCGGAGGAGGAGAACGGAGUCGAUGGAAUCCUAGUAGCGAUUCCGAGUCGUCCACCGAUAUGGAGGAAAAGCGCAAGAAACUUCGAGGUAAGGAGCUUCUCACUGCGGGUUUGGCCACGGUAGCCACGAUCCACGCCGCCCACGGAGUAUACUCGUCAAUGGUCGCCUCAGAAAAUCGUCGCAAGCUCGUCAGCGAAGGAGAAAUGUCACCAGAAGAAGCACGCAAACGAAAAUCCAAAAAUAUGCUUCAAGACGCCGCUGCUGUGGGUAUUGCUGCGCUUGGUAUCAAGUCAGCAUACUCCGAAUGGAAAGAGAUGAACGAGCAGCGUCACAGCGUCAAGGAGCUCGAAGCCCGCCGUCGCAAGAGGAGAAAGCUUCGGGAACGACGAGAGAAGGAGGCCCGCCUUAAUGCCCUUGGCAACAUGAAUGGUCCAGGCGCUAAUCCGUACGCAUAUCCUGUAGCUGUCAACCAACCCUACCCUGCUACAUCCUAUGCCGAUUCCAAUCCAUACGGUGCCGCUGUGCCGCCCCCACCCAUGGGUGCCAGGUACUAG